AAGUCCAGAUGCGAUAUAGGGCUGAACGCCUUGCAACUGGGUGGGCUUUUGGGGCCGACAAGUGGGUCCCGCGAGUACACAGGAAGUUGCCCGAAGACGAAGAGAGGGGCUCAAAGGGCGAGCAGAGACUGGGAGAGGGGAAGGAGGAAGACGGAAGCGGAGGAGGAUCGAUGGUGGGGGGACGAGGAGUAGGGCGGAGGCAGGAGAGACAGGCGCUGGUGGUGGCCUUCGCGGUGGCGCUGCUGAUGGGCACCGCCGUCUACUUCCGCAUCUGGGCGCGCCAGUCCGAUGACCCCUCCUUCACCGCCGACGACCGCGAGGAGCUCCGGAGGCAAUUUGAACACGCCAAUCUGGAGGCAAUGGAUGAAUCUGCUGAAUGGAGAAUGAAAUACGACACUGAAUUCGGCAAAAACAGGCAGCUGCAGGAUGAACUUGUAAAGGUUAAGGCCUCACUGUCCUCUUCAACCAACAGAUUUGACUCGUUGCGGAAGGAUAAUGAGAUGUUGAAGAAGCAGAUUGAAUACAUGAAGCUGCAAUGCAACUGCACUGUUCCAGUGAAGAUUACUCGGGAAUAAGGGCAAAACUCGAGUCUCGGGCUUCUUUAGCAGAUUAGCCCUCAGCUUUGGCUCCAUUUAUCAUAUAAAUUGAGGAUGAGGAACUAUGAAAUAGUAGAAAUUGACUGUACUAGAAGAUGUUAUGUUUUCACUGUUGUUAAUGAACUUCACACUGACACAAUAUUUGAUGUGGUCACUCAUGAGUAGCAAAUUAGCAAUACAAACUGCAGGUGUUGGUAGCUUUACGUGUUCGUAUCCAAUUCCUUUGAUGUAGAAUGUCUUCGUUGAACCUGCUAAUCCAUCUAUUGAUGUGAUCAUUGUUUGUUUCA